GUUGCAGCCAUGCCCUGCGUCCAGGCUCAGUAUGGCUCCUCGCCCCAGGGGGCCAGUCCUGCCUCCCAGACGUACACGUACCACCCCCCCGGCGAGUACAGCUGCGACUUCCUGACCCCCGAGUUCGUCAAGUUCAGCAUGGACCUCACCAACACCGAGGUCUCGGCCACCACGGCCCUCCCCAGCUUCAGCAGCUUCGUGGACAACUACGGCUCGGGCUACGACCUCAAGCCGCCCUGUCUGUACCAGAUGGCCCCCCCGGGAGAGCCGGCCCCCGUCAAGGUGGAGGACGCGCAGGUGCAGCACGGCUACCCGCAGCAGGGCCACGUGCCCCCGCAGGCGGACGACAUGAUGAUGGCGCAUUCGGGCGCGCUCUUCUACAAGCCCUCGUCCCCGCACACGCCCCCGACGCCCAGCUUCCAGGUGCAGCCGAACCCCCUGUGGGACGAGUCGGGACCGCUGCACGGCUUCCACCACCACCAGAACUACGUGGCGGCCGCGGCGCACGUGAUGGAGCAGCGCAAGACGCCGGUCUCGCGCCUCUCGCUGUUCGCCUUCAAGCAGUCCCCCCCCGGCAGCCCCGCGUCCAGCUGCCAGAUGAGGUUCGACGGCGCCCUGCACGCGCCCGCGGGGCCGGACGCCCACGCGGCGCAGCGCGCUCUCGAGGCGCAGGGCUUCGCGCUGCAGGGGGCCGUGAGGAAGCAGGGGGGGCUCGGCUUCCCGCACGCGCUGACGCUGCCCCACGGGCACCCGCUGAUGGAGCGGCGCGCGCCGUCGCCGCCGCCGCCGCCGCCGCCGCGGGGGUCGCCCUCCCACGAGGGUCUGUGCGCCGUCUGCGGGGACAACGCCGCGUGCCAGCACUACGGCGUGCGCACGUGCGAGGGCUGCAAAGGCUUCUUCAAGCGCACCGUGCAGAAAAACGCCAAGUACGUCUGUCUGGCCAACAAGAACUGCCCCGUGGACAAGCGGCGGAGGAACAGGUGUCAGUACUGCCGCUUCCAGAAGUGCCUCACCGUGGGGAUGGUCAAGGAAGUCGUUCGGACGGACAAUCUAAAAGGUCGAAGGGGCCGCCUGCCCUCGAAACCCAAGACGCCCCCAGAAGCGUCGUCUCCCGUAACGCCAGUCAGCCUCAUAAGUGCCCUGGUGAGGGCUCACGUGGACUCGAACCCAUCCAUGUCUGCGCUGGACUAUUCCAAAUUUCAGGCCAACCCGGACUACCACAUGGCCGGAGAGGACACCCAACACAUCCAGCAGUUCUACGAUCUCCUGAUGGGCUCCAUGGAGAUCAUCCGGGGCUGGGCGGAGAAGAUCCCGGGGUUCACAGACCUCCCCAAGCAGGACCAGGACCUCCUGUUCGAAUCGGCCUUCCUGGAGCUCUUUGUUCUGCGACUGGCCUACAGGUCCAACCCCAUGGAAGGGAAGCUUAUUUUUUGCAACGGGGUGGUCCUGCACAGACUGCAGUGCGUCCGUGGGUUCGGCGAAUGGAUAGACUCCAUAGUGGAAUUCUCCUCCAACCUGCAGAACAUGAACGUUGACUUGUCGGCGUUCUCCUGCAUAGCAGCCCUUGCCAUGGUAACAGAUAGACAUGGGCUGAGGGAACCCAAGAGGGUUGAAGAAAUUCAAAACAAGAUUGUAAACUGCCUGAAGGACCAAGUGACAUUUAACUGCGGCAGCCUGAACCGCCCGGGCCACUUGUCCAAACUGUUGGGGAAACUGCCCGAGCUGCGCACUCUGUGCACCCAGGGCCUGCAGCGGAUCUUCUACCUGAAGCUCGAGGACUUGGUUCCUCCUCCGGCCAUCAUCGACAAACUCUUCUUGGACACACUACCUUUUUGA